UUCCGGUCGGCGGCAAGAUGGCGGCGGGGGCGGUGGAGCUGCAGCGGCUGCAAUGGCGGUUGGAGGAGCUGGAGCGGCGCGUCGGAGGCGGCGACGGGGCCUGCGGGACGCGGAAGGUGGCGGACGAACUGGUGAAGGUGCAGGUGGCGCUGAGCAAUAUCGCCGGCAAGCGGGAGAGGAUCAAAAUCCUGUUUAAGAAAAUUGAAGAUGUAAUAAAAUACCUUGACCCUCAGUACAUUGAUAGGAUGGCUGUCCCAGACGCCAUGAAGCUGCAGUUCAUCUUGGCAGAGGAGCAGGUUAUUCCUUCCCGAGCAGCCCUUCUGGAGCAGGUGAAGAACCUCCAGCCCAUCUUGGACAGUACCAGUAUCCAAGCGGUUCCUGACCACGCAGCCAAGCUUCAGCGACUGUCUCAGAUCCACAUACAGCAGCAGGAACAGCGUCAAGAUCUGACCGAGGGUGUCAAGACGCUCCUCGAAGACUACAACAAAAUGACCCUGCUUCUCUCCAAGCAGUUUGUCCAGUGGAACGAGAUCCUGACGCGGCUGGAAACGGCCAAGGAUGUGAAGCCCUUGGCGGAGUGAUGGCGGAGCCGGAAGCCUGGAGUUUCCUCCAGGGGGGAUCCCUCGGGUCGCUCCGGAGCGGCCGCAGCACAGCUUGCACCCCGUCUCCUCGGCCUCUUCCCUCCCCGUCUCGGCGUCACCCUGCUGCGGGGUGACAUCACCCCCUCGGCCCCACGCCGGCAACCGCGCUGCUCCUUCCCGUGCCACGCGUUCGGGUCUGUGACGUAUUUAAAAGGUCCCUCUGCUCUGGCGGACGGCAGUAAAGUUCCCCAAGCGCUGA